AUGGAUCAUUUGUUUUCUAGGAUAGGUGAAAUGUCAACAGAAGUGCCAAACAUUAAACUGAAAAUUGAUCCUCAGGAUCUGCAGAUCCAGACAUUUACUGUGGAGAAACUAUUGGAACCAUUGAUAAUUCAGGUUACAACWCUAGUGAACUGUCCACAGAAUCCUUCUAACAAGAAAAAGGGACGGUCCAAAAGAGCUCAUGUCUUGCURGCUUCUGUGGAAGAAGCCACUUGGAAUCUAUUGGACAAGGGAGCAAAAAUUGCCAAGGAGGCAACUGUAUUUAAAGAAGAACUUCACUCAGCGCUCCAGGAUGUCCGAAAAGAGAGUCAAGCCUUGAGGGUAUCAGCAGAGGAUUUUACCAGUGAUCCCUGCUGCCUACCCAAGAGGCAAGCUGUUGUCCAGGCAGCCCGGGCACUGCUGGCAGCUGUCACAAGGCUUCUUAUCCUGGCAGACAUGGUGGAUGUGGCAUACCUACUGGAACACUUAGCUGUGUUUCAAAGAACAUUUGAAUCACUAAGAAAUGUAUCCAGCAAAGCUGAUCUACAGAAAGCCUAUCAGAAGUUUCGAAAAGAUCUGGAAAAUCUUGAUUAUUUGGCAUACAAACGUCAACAGGAUUUGAAAUCUAGCAAUCAGCGAGAUGAAAUUGCUGCAGCACGUGCAAGUCUGAAGGAAAAUUCGUCGCUUCUACAUUCGAUAUGCUCAGCUUGUUUGGAACAUUCAGAUGUUGCAUCCCUUACAGCCAGCAAGGACUCCAUCUGUAAUGAAAUACAGAGUGCUCUCAGUGUAAUUUCUAAUGCUUCCCAAGGAGUCAGAAAUGAAAUGGGGCAACCUCCAUCUCGCAGUGCUACUCUAGGAAGUGCCCUUGAUGAGCUUGAGAAUUUAAUUGUCCUGGAUCCUCUCGUAGUGAAUGAAGAGAAAAUAAGACCAUCACUGGAGAAACGUUUGGAAGCUAUUAUUAGUGGAGCUGCUUUGCUAGCAGAUUCUUCCUGCACACGGGACUUCCAUCGAGAACGCAUCAUUGCAGAGUGCAAUGCUAUCCGCCAAGCUCUCCAAGACCUGCUUUCUGAAUACAUGAAUAACACUGACAGGAAAGAAAGAAGUAACGCCCUAAAUGUUGCAAUAGACAGUAUGUGCAAGAAGACGAGAGACCUUCGCAAACAGCUUCGUAAAGCCAUUAUAGAUCACAUCUCAGACUCCUUCUUAGAUACCACUGUUCCACUUCUGGUUCUCAUUGAAGCUGCUAAAAAUGGAAGAGAAAAAGAAAUGAAGGAAUAUGCUGCUAUUUUUCGAGAGCACACCAGCAGGCUCGUGGAGGUUGCUAAUCUUGCUUGUUCAUUGUCAACAAAUGAAGAUGGAAUGAAAAUUGUCCAAAUGGCAGCUAAUCACAUAGAAGUUUUGUGCCCACAGGUUGUUAAUGCUGCUUUAGCUCUUGCUGCCAGACCAAAAAGCCAAGUUGUAAGAAACAACAUGGAGAUGUAUAGGAGUACAUGGGAGAAUCAUAUCCGUGUUCUUACUGAAGCUGUGGAUGAUAUAACGAGCAUUGAUGAUUUUCUUGCUGUUUCAGAAAGCCACAUUCUUGAGGAUGUAAACAAGUGCAUCAUUGCAUUGAGAGAACAAAAUGCUGAUGAUUUAGAUCGUGCAGCAGGUGCGAUCCGAGGGCGCGCUUCAAGAGUAGCUCACAUUGUUUCUGGUGAAAUGGACAAUUAUGAGCCAGGAACUUACACUGAGGGAGUCAUGAAGAAUGUUCAAUAUCUCACAAAGACCGUGAUUCCAGAGUUUAUUAGUCAAGUAAAUAUUGCAUUGGAGAGCUUCAGCACGAACAAAAUGCAUAUGUUUGAUGAUAAUCAGUUUGUGGAUAUAUCUAAGAAGAUCUAUGAUACGAUUCAUAAUAUCAGAUGCUCAGUCAUGGUGAUACGGACACCUGAGGAGCUAGAAGAUGUCUCUGACCUUGAAGAAGACCAUGAUGCAUGUAGUCGUACAAGUAUUCAGACUGAAGGGAAAACUGACAGGGCAAAGAUGACUCAGCUGCCAGAGGCUGAAAAAGAAAAGAUAGCGGAACAGGUGGCUGACUUCAAAAAAGUCAAGAGUAAGCUUGAUGCGGAGAUCGAAAUAUGGGAUGAUACCAGUAAUGACAUCAUUGUUUUGGCCAAGAGGAUGUGUGUGAUUAUGAUGGAGAUGACUGACUUCACAAGGUAA